CAACUCCCAGUGAUGCCGAAUGUUCGUUUUCGAUCGUGCUUGCAGCACCAGAGGGAGCUGAAGGGCGGGCUGGUCGCGCUGAACUUGGCCAGGGAGGAUUGGGACACCUGGGACCCCAUGCUCAUUGCGGAGGGACUCUUCGCCGCGGCCAACAUCUUCAGUUCUCUGAAGCUGGUGUACAUCUUCUCGGUGAACCCUUACCUGGGCCCCCUCCAGGUCUCCCUCUCCCGGAUGGUGAUGGACAUCCUCAAGUUCUUCUUCCUCUACAUCCUCGUCCUCUUCGCCUUCUCCUGCGGCAUGAACCAGCUCCUCUGGUACUACGCGGACCUGGAGCGAACCGCGUGCGUGGACCAGCAGGCGAAGGCGUUCAACUCCAGCACGGCCGAUCCCGACGCCUGCUUCGUCUGGCGGCGGUUCUCGAACCUGUUCGAGACGAGCCAGACCAUCUUCUGGGCCAUCUUCGGCCUCAUCGACCUCGACAACUUCGAGCUGAAGGGCAUCAAGAGCUUCACGCGGUUCUGGGGGAUGCUCAUGUUCGGGACCUACCACGUCAUCGCGAUCGUCGUCCUCCUCAACCUGCUCAUCGCGAUGAUGAACCACUCGUACCAGCUCAUCUUCGAAAAGGCGGACGUGGAGUGGAAGUUCGCCCGGAGCAAGCUGUGGAUCAGCUACUUCGAGGAGGGCGGGACGGUCCCCCCCCCCUUCAACAUCAUCCCCACGCCCAAGACCAUCUACUACAUCCUCCGCUGGCUCUACCGCAAGAUGUGCGGGAAGACCCAGGCCGCCAAGAAGCAGCACAUGCAGACUAUCCGGGUGAGACCCCUCUCCCUUGCCCCC